UAUUUUUCGAAACUGUUGAAUUAAAAGGGUUUAUAAUGCUAUUCAUCAAAAGAUUUCAUAGCUCAAUUCAACGCAUUGCCCACAUUGUCAGAGCAAACAAGCCUGGUGAUGAGCUUAGUGUACAGGGCUGGAUUAAAAACAUUCGGCGGUUAAAGAACAAUAUAUUCCUGGACAUCAACGAUGGCUCCACUUGCAAUAGGUUUCAGUUGGUAGUCCCUAGGAACGCCCAAACUCAGAAAUUAACUUCUGGCGAUGUGGUCAGUGCCAUGGGCCAGGUGCAGGUCGCGCCUAAUGGCCACUAUGAGCUGCAUGCCAAAGAAGUUAAGUCAGUGGCUGCGGGGCAUCUUCAGGACGGUUUCCCUUUCUCACCCAAACAAACACAUCCGCCGGAAUAUGUGCGAGAAUAUUUGCACUUGCGUUCUCGCAUUGAUUAUAUUGCGGCGCAAAUGCGCCUAAGGCACAGAGCACAAAAGGCCUUCCACGAUUAUAUGGACGAGCAUGGAUUUGUACAGAUAAACACUCCAAUUUUGACCACGAACGACUGCGAAGGGGCUGGUGAGGUGUUUCGUGCUCAGCCCGAUUCCGAUAACCUUCUUAAGCAGAUGGCCCGCCCGAAUGUGCCACAAGAUCAAAGCUACUUUGAUAGCAAGGUGUUUCUGACCGUUUCAGGUCAAUUGCAUUUGGAGGCCAUGUCUUAUGGACUGGGAAACACAUAUACCCUGGCGCCUGCUUUUCGUGCCGAAAAUUCCAAAUCUCCACUCCACUUGGCUGAGUUUUACAUGUUCGAAGCCGAGUUGGUUCACAUGGAGAGACUGGAUUCGCUUUCAGCGUUCAUAGAGCGCAUGCUAAAAGAAAUAACAAAACAACUGCUUAGCAACAGCGCCGCCGAUUUGGAAUUUUGUCAGCGUAAAGCUCAAGGCAAUGAAGCUAAUCUAGAAUUGACUUGGCUUAAAGUACCGUGGCAAACACUGACCUAUGACGAGGCUCUGACGAUAAUAUUGGCUAACCGCGAACAUUUUAAGACUGCCGUGAAUGCUGAUGAGGGUUUCAGCAAGGAACAGGAACUCUUUCUGGUCGCCCACUGCGGUGCGCCCGUUUUUGUGGUGGACUGGCCCGCUAAACAGAAGCCCUUCUACAUGAAGAUCUCACGUGAAAAUCCGACACAAGUGCAUGCCCUAGAUCUACUUAUGCCAACAGUUGGCGAAUUGUGUGGCGGUAGUUUACGUGAAAGUGAUGCCCAGCUUCUGAGUCAGCAUUCUCAGAUACCAAAGCAUUUGGCCUGGUAUGUAGAGUUGCGAAAGUAUGGUGGCGUACCAACCGGAGGUUUUGGCAUAGGCUUUGAGCGCUAUCUGCAGCUACUAACGGGAGUUAAAAACAUUCGUGAUGUGAUACCCUUUCCGAGAUAUCCGCAUAGCUGUAAAAUGUAGACUACUGUUUUUAUUGUUUAAUUAUGCCAGAAAUUACGAGGGCUAUAAUUGUAUUGAGCAAGGGCACAGUCCAACACAAUCUAUUGCAAAUUACAGAUUAAUGAGGAUGUAAAUACAAGCAUGCA